UGUUCAUCACACAAACCCUUACUGAGAUUCGACCCAGAAGCCCCUGGCUUAGUAGCUAGUCACUAACCAGUAGGUCAGAUAAGUCGUCAAAAUUAUAUAAGCAACAUUACAAUAUACAUUUAUUCACACUUACAUUGUAUGAUGAUGAUGUCCUUGUAGCUUCAGUAGAGAGAACAGUGGGUUUUCCUUGCUUCCUGUGUAGCGGAAUGAAUCAAGAGGAUCGAUCUGAGGAGCUUAAGUAGUGAAAAUUCACGUGGAGCUAACGCAAUACCUAUAUGAAAUUUGUCAACGUGAUUGAAAAACGCAACUCAGCACUUAGUCGGUGGAAACAAUCAUCGAUUGCAAAUCCCACAACGCAGCAAAAUCAGAUCACCGUGUAUAAUAUAAAACAAAUACGUGAAGGUACUUACCAUAUAUUUUUUUUAUUCAUUAAAUUCAUUUUAUGGUUUUAAUCUUAGAAAAACAGACAAUGUCGCGAUCGGAGCUAGUAUAUUUUCUUUGCUUUAGUGCAUUAUUGCUAACAUCGUAAAUCCAAUCGUAUCUCAAUACAAUGUGAUGUCAUUUUUUUUAAACGUUUGAUUUUGAACUCUAAUAACACAAUAAUUUCAGAUAUAAACCCCCGAAAAUAAGUGAAAAUAUUAUUUACUCUUAUAUAUUCAACGCGAUUAGUUCUACGGAAAAUAUGUCGGAUACAUCAGAACACCUAUUCAACUUCGUUCCUUUGGCAUCAUCCCAAACUCAAAGUCAGAGUGAACGGGAGUCAGGGGUGAGACGUCUGUCCUUGGGGGUCAAGAGGAAGGCAACACCCGUUUACUCGUUUAUCAAAAAACCACAUCGGAAUGGAGGUACAAAAGUCAUCAAAAUAGAAAUUUACGACAGUAACAAAUUGAAUGAGAACUUUGAACAUAUAUGUAAAUGUAAUGCCGAGCUGUGUGCCCAAUAUGUAGUGAAAAAUACGUUAUUAGACCAAGUUUACGAAUUAACGCGUAGAGUAAUUGACAAGAUAGACGAAGGUUUGUCCUCAGAUACGCCACAUGGGUACACCAUCGAAUAAGGGUACAAUUUAAUGUGAUUGUGUAAUAUGAACAUAGUUCUUAAGUUAAUAAACAUUAUAAAAGUA